GGGGGCCUGGCGGCCGACUCGGGCAGCGGAGCUGCGAGGGACAGCGGCGCGCGAGGCGCACGGAACCAGCCGCAGCCCAGCCCGCCGCCAUGCCCCUGGCCUUCUGCGGCAGCGAGAAUCAUUCCGCUGCCUAUCGGGUGGACCAGGGCGUCCUCAACAACGGCUGCUUCGUGGACGCUCUCAACGUGGUGCCGCACGUCUUCCUGCUCUUCAUCACCUUCCCCAUCCUCUUCAUCGGAUGGGGCAGUCAGAGCUCUAAGGUGCACAUCCACCACAGCACAUGGCUUCAUUUCCCUGGGCACAACCUGCGCUGGAUCCUGACCUUCAUGCUGCUUUUCGUCCUGGUGUGUGAGAUCGCGGAGGGCAUCCUGUCUGAUGGGGUGACUGAAUCCCGCCAUCUCCACCUAUACAUGCCAGCUGGGAUGGCGUUCAUGGCUGCUGUCACCUCUGUGAUCUACUAUCACAACAUCGAGACCUCCAACUUCCCCAAGCUGCUGAUCGCCCUGCUUAUUUACUGGACCUUGGCCUUCAUCACCAAGACCAUCAAGUUUGUCAAGUUCUAUGAACACGCCAUCAGCUUCUCGCAGCUGCGUUUCUGCCUCACCGGGCUGCUGGUGAUCCUCUAUGGCAUGCUGCUUCUCGUGGAGAUCAACGUCAUCAGGGUGAGGAGAUACAUCUUCUUCAAGACGCCACGGGAGGUGAAGCCCCCUGAGGACCUGCAGGACCUGGGGGUGCGCUUCCUACAGCCCUUCGUGAAUCUGCUGUCCAAAGGCACCUACUGGUGGAUGAACGCCUUCAUCAAGACUGCCCACAAGAAGCCCAUCGACCUGCGGGCCAUCGGGAAGCUACCCAUUGCCAUGCGGGCCCUCACCAACUACCGGAGACUCUGUGAGGCGUUUGAUGCGCAGGCGCGGAAGGAUAUCCAGAGUCCACAGGGUGCCCGAGCUAUCUGGCAAGCUCUGUGCCACGCCUUUGGGAAACGCUUGGUCCUCAGCAGCACCUUCCGCAUCCUGGCAGACCUGCUGGGCUUUGCCGGGCCACUGUGCAUCUUUGGGAUCGUGGACCACCUCGGGAAGGAGAACCACGUCUUCCAGCCCAAGACGCAGUUUCUCGGAGUUUACUUUGUCUCCUCCCAAGAGUUCCUGGCUAAUGCCUAUGUCUUAGCCGUGCUCCUAUUCCUCGCCCUGCUGCUACAAAGGACCUUCCUGCAAGCAUCCUACUACGUCGCCAUUGAAACUGGAAUCAACUUGCGAGGUGCCAUACAGACCAAGAUUUACAAUAAAAUUAUGCACCUGUCUACCUCCAACCUGUCCAUGGGGGAGAUGACCGCCAGCCAGAUCUGUAACCUGGUUGCCAUCGACACCAACCAACUCAUGUGGUUUUUCUUCUUGUGCCCAAACCUCUGGGCCAUGCCAGUACAGAUCAUUGUGGGUGUGAUCCUCCUCUAUUACAUCCUCGGAGUCAGUGCCCUGAUUGGAGCAGCGGUCAUCAUCCUGUUGGCCCCUGUCCAGUACUUCGUGGCCACCAAGCUCUCCCAAGCCCAGCGGAGCACCCUGGAGUAUUCCAAUGAGAGGUUGAAGCAGACCAACGAGAUGCUUCGCGGCAUCAAGCUGCUCAAGCUGUACGCGUGGGAGAACAUCUUCUGCGCACGUGUGGAGAUGACCCGUAGGAAGGAGAUGACUAGCCUCAAGGCCUUUGCUGUCUACACUUCCAUCUCCAUUUUCAUGAACACGGCCAUUCCCAUCGCAGCUGUCCUCAUCACCUUCGUGGGCCAUGUCAGUUUCUUCAAAGGGGCUGACUUCUCACCAUCAGUGGCCUUCGCCUCUCUGUCCCUCUUCCACAUCCUGGUCACUCCACUGUUUCUGCUCUCCAGUGUGGUCCGCUCAACAGUCAAAGCUCUGGUGAGUGUACAGAAGCUGAGCGAGUUCCUGUCCAGCGCAGAGAUCCGCGAGGAACAGUGUGCCCCCCGGGAGCCAACCCCUCAGAGCCAAGCCAGCAAGUACCAGGCGGUGCCCCUCAAGGUGGUGAACCGCAAGCGUCCGGCCCGAGAGGAUUGUCGGGAACUCAUGGGUCCCCUGCAGAGGCUGGCCCCCAGCGCAGAAGGGGACACCGACAACUGUUGUGUCCAGAUCAUCGGAGGCUUCUUUACCUGGACCCCUGAUGGACUCCCCACACUGUCCAACAUCACCAUCCGUAUCCCCCGAGGCCAAUUGACCAUGAUUGUGGGGCAGGUGGGCUGUGGCAAGUCCUCGCUGCUGCUUGCCACACUGGGGGAGAUGCAGAAGGUCUCAGGGGUCGUCUUCUGGAACAGCCUUCCUGACAGUGAGACGGGUGACGACCACAGGUACAGCCACGGAACUGGCCCAGAGCAGGAGACAGCAGCCGACUCAGACAUCAGGAAAAGAGGCCCCGUGGCUUAUGCUUCUCAGAAGCCGUGGCUGCUGAACGCCACUGUGGAAGAGAACAUCACCUUUGAGAGCCCCUUCAACAAGCAGCGGUACAAGGCGGUCAUCGAAGCCUGCUCCCUGCAGCCGGACAUCGACAUCUUGCCCCACGGAGACCAGACCCAGAUUGGGGAGCGGGGCAUCAACCUGUCUGGUGGUCAGCGCCAGCGGAUCAGCGUGGCCCGUGCACUCUACCAGCACACCCACAUUGUCUUCUUGGAUGACCCGUUCUCAGCUCUGGACGUCCAUCUGAGUGACCACUUGAUGCAGGUGGGGAUCCUGGAGAUGCUUCGGGACGACAAGAGGACCGUGGUUCUAGUGACCCACAAGCUGCAGUACCUGCCCCAUGCAGACUGGAUCAUUGCUAUGAAGGACGGCACCAUCCAGAGGGAGGGAACCCUCAAGGACUUCCAGAGAUGUGAGAGCCAGCUCUUUGAGCACUGGAAGACCCUCAUGAACCGGCAGGACCAAGAGCUGGAGAAGGAGACUGUUGUGGAGAGAAAAGCCACAGAGCCCUCCCAGGGCCUGCCCCGGGCCAUGUCCUCCAGAGAUGGCCUCCUGCAGGAUGAAGAAGAGGAGGAAGAGGAGGUGGCUGAGAGCGAGGAGGACGACAGCCUGUCUUCAGUGCUACACCAGCGUGCCAAGAUCCCAUGGCGAGCCUGCGCCAAGUACCUGUCCUCAGCCGGUGUCCUACUUCUGUCACUGCUUGUCUUCUCCCAGCUACUCAAGCACAUGGUCUUGGUGGCCAUCGACUACUGGCUGGCCAAGUGGACUGACAGUGCUCUGACCCUGAACCCCACUGCCAGGAACUGCUCCCUUAGCCAGGAGUGCACCCUGGACCAGACAGUCUACGCCACGGUGUUCACGGUCCUCUGCAGCCUAGGCAUCGUGCUGUGCCUUGUCACCUCUGUCACUGUGGAGUGGACGGGGCUGAAGGUGGCCAAGAGGCUGCACCGCAGUCUGCUCAACCAGAUCAUCCUGGCGCCCAUGAGGUUUUUUGAGACCACACCCCUUGGGAGCAUCCUGAACAGAUUUUCAUCUGACUGUAACACCAUCGACCAGCACAUCCCCUCCACACUGGAGUGCCUGAGCCGCUCCACCCUGCUCUGUGUCUCAGCCUUGGCUGUCAUCUCCUACGUCACACCUGUGUUCCUCGUGGCCCUCCUGCCCCUGGCCAUCGUGUGCUACUUCAUCCAGAAGUACUUCCGGGUGGCAUCCAGGGACUUGCAACAGCUGGAUGACACCACCCAACUCCCACUGCUGUCUCACUUUGCUGAGACUGUGGAAGGCCUCACCACCAUCCGGGCGUUCAGGUAUGAGGCCCGGUUCCAGCAGAAGCUCCUUGAAUACACAGACUCCAACAACAUCGCCUCCCUCUUCCUCACAGCUGCCAACAGGUGGCUAGAAGUUCGCAUGGAGUACAUUGGUGCGUGUGUAGUGCUCAUCGCAGCAGCAACCUCCAUUUCCAACUCCCUGCACAGAGAGCUCUCUGCUGGCCUGGUGGGCCUGGGCCUCACCUAUGCCCUUAUGGUCUCCAACUACCUCAACUGGAUGGUGAGAAACCUGGCAGACAUGGAGCUGCAGCUAGGGGCUGUGAAACGGAUCCACGGGCUCCUGAAUACGGAAGCAGAGAGCUACGAGGGGCUGCUGGCUCCUUCACUGAUCCCUAAGAACUGGCCAGACCAAGGCAAGAUCCAGAUCCAGAACCUGAGUGUGCGCUACGACAGCUCCCUGAAGCCCGUGCUGAAGCACGUCAACGCUCUCAUCUCCCCGGGGCAGAAGAUUGGCAUCUGUGGCCGCACAGGCAGUGGAAAGUCUUCUUUCUCUCUUGCCUUCUUCCGCAUGGUGGACAUGUUCGAAGGGCGCAUCAUCAUAGAUGGCAUUGACAUUGCCAAGCUGCCACUGCACACCCUGCGCUCACGCCUCUCCAUCAUCCUGCAGGACCCCGUCCUCUUCAGCGGCACCAUCCGAUUUAACCUGGACCCCGAGAAGAAGUGUUCCGACAGCACACUGUGGGAGGCCCUGGAGAUUGCCCAACUGAAGCUGGUGGUGAAGGCACUGCCGGGAGGCCUCGAUGCCAUUAUCACAGAAGGUGGGGAGAACUUCAGCCAGGGCCAAAGGCAGCUGUUCUGCCUGGCUCGGGCCUUUGUGCGGAAGACAAGCAUCUUCAUCAUGGAUGAGGCCACAGCUUCUAUCGACAUGGCCACGGAGAACAUCCUCCAAAAGGUGGUGAUGACAGCCUUCGCAGACCGCACUGUGGUCACCAUCGCGCAUCGUGUACAUACCAUCCUGAGUGCAGACCUGGUGAUUGUCCUGAAGCGAGGUGCCAUCUUGGAGUUUGACAAACCUGAGAAGCUGCUCAGCCGCAAGGACAGCGUCUUCGCCUCCUUCGUGCGUGCAGACAAGUGACCUGCCAGAGCUGGGCUUGUGCGUGCCCUGUCCCCUGGCCACCCGGCCUGGGUUUUCUACCUGCCAAUCACUUGUAAAUAAAGAAAUUCUGUCUUUGCU